AGUUGAAUUGCAGCGUCAGCAGAUUGGAAGUGGCGAUGUCACGCCGAUGCGAAACACUACAGAGUGGAGCUGUGGCGCCCUCUGGCGGAGACCCGGUAGAAGGAGAAAUAUCUUUUUUUAAAGUCACGUGAUCACGCUCGCAUUUGCUUGAGUGUGUCUUUCAUACGAGUGACGAGACUUUUGCGCUCCUGUGACGACGAGGAUGCUGAGGACGAGCGUAGCUGAUGAGGACUCCCACUCAGGUGACCCUUCACUCUGAGGGAUGCACCACGUCGUGGACGUACGGCGCCUCUCGGCAACAUGUCCUGACAAGUGUAGGUGGGGGGUGGAGCCAGCAGAGGGAACCAGAAAAACCAGAGUGGAGGAAGACCCUUGCCCAUGACCCCACAGCAUGGAGCAUCAAAGGCCGACCUCCUGUUGAGCCUCGCAGGUGUGAACCAGCUGACCCAAGCAGGAAGCUGCAGGCCAGAGGAUCAUGGGACUUGUGGCCACAGGCCCUGAGGUAAAAGGUCAAUGAGUAGCUCCAGCCUGCUCCGGGGUCGCCGCUUCUACUGCCGGGAAUGGGCCCUGGACAAGCUGCGGCGCUGUCUGGAUGCCCGCUCCGUGCCGGGUCAGCCUCCGGGAUUGCUGGUGAUGGGGGGCCCCGGCGCCGGCAAGACCGCCCUGUGCACCGAGGCGGUGUGGCCCACCUCCGAGGCCGGACAUGUGGCCGGGCUGGCGCCGCGAUGCCUGGCCUGGCACUUCUGCCAGCGGGAGGCACAAGGGAGCAUGACGGUGUGGCGCUUCGUACUCGGCCUGGUGGACCAGCUGAGGGCGUCAUCGCUGCUCCCGCCAGAAUAUUGCAGUCAUCUCGAAGAGCCUGUUGCGGCAUCCUCGCUGGACCCCCUCAGCUGUCAGAAAGCCCCCGACGACACCUUUAAGAGAGCAGUCUUGGACCCCCUGCUGGCCCUUCCCCCACCUGCGCAGACGCUGAUGCUGCUGGUGGACUCCAUGGAUGUGGGCUACCAGGGAAGUCAAGCAGGCGGGAGGAGCCGCUCCAUCCCAGAGCUCCUGGCGGCCCAUCAGCACCUCCUGCCCAGCUGGCUUCUUCUGGUCUGCUCAGUGCGGCGCCACAACAAGACCAUGUGCAAGAUGUUUUCAAGUUUUCGUAAACUGUGCCUUGAUGAUCUGCGGAGGCCCGACCCAGUCCACGAUGUGCAGCAGUACAUCCUGUGCCGCUUGGACAAUGAAGGGGCGCUGCGACGUCAGCUGACCCCGGACACGGCGGACAUGUUGAAUCUGCUUCACAUCAAAAGCGGCGGCUGCUUCCUGUUCCUGGAGCGGGUACUGGAUGGGGUGGCCGCAGCCGUCAUAGGUCUCCGCGAGAUCCGGGACAUUCCGGGAACUCUGAAUGGCCUCUACCUGUGGCUGUGCCAAAGACUAUUCCCCCGGGGGCUCUUUGGCUACGUCAAGCCCCUCCUCAAUGUCAUCCUGGCCGCCCCCACACCCCUCACGCCUCAGCAGCUGUUCAUGGCACUGUGGACCCACAACAACUUGCUCAGUGUCCAGGACUUCCAGAACAAACUAGGAACCCUCUCCCCUCUCCUCGUCGACGGUCCCGAGGGCAGCAAAUUACUUUUUCAUGGCAGCUUUGCAGAGUGGCUGACGGAUGUCAAGUACUGCACUCAAAAGUACCUGUGCAGCCGGGCCGAGGGUCACAGCAUGCUUGCCAUGGUUCUGACACUGCGGGGACCCCUGCUGGACUUGGAGGAAACCAUCCAGCUCGGGACACAUUUAAUUUGCUCUGGUCACCAUAAGGAUGACCCCUCCCUUCUGGCACUGUGGAUGAUCUGGGCUGGCGUGCCUGCUUUGAACAGCAGCGGCACCCUCGCCACGUCACUAACUCAAGCACCAGUUCUGACCCAGCAGAGAGUCUUUCAGCUUUUGAAGAGGAGUGGACUGCUUUCUGCAGCUGAUCUACCUAAUGCAGACUAUAGCCUGGGAGUGCAUUGUGCUCGUGAAGAAACAAACUGUUGGCCGUCUGUGAACCGGCUCAGUUCUACAGAUGGACAGACCUUGCUUGCCACCGCGGCCCUCGAGGGUUCCGCAAAUGUAGUCCAGUUUCUGCUGACGCGUGGAGCCGAUCCUCUCAUCAGCGACUACCAGGGUCAAACAGCGCUGACGUUGGCCGCCAGGCAGGGUCACAUUAGCGUACUGCAUGUACUGCUGGAUUGGGCACGAGCCCGGGAUAAGGGGACCGUUAUGAAAAUGAUGGAGCAUGUAGACAAUGACGGCUGGACAGCACUGCGGUCGGCGGCCUGGGGGGGACACAGCGAAGCCAUCAGGCUUCUGCUAGAUGCGGGCGCAGAAGUGGAUGGCUGUGAUGCAGAGGGCCGCACCGCACUCAGGGCUGCGGCCUGGGGGGGACACGAAGAGACAGUUCUCAUCCUGCUAGACUACGGGGCACAGGUGGAUAAGGCUGACCGCAAAGGUCGCACUCCCAUGAUUGCAGCCGCCUACAUGGGACAUCAUGAGGCGGUGGAGGUGUUGCUGGACCACAACGCAGAAGUCGACUUGCCUGACGGAGAUGGGCGCACUGCUCUGUCAGUCGCUGCCCUCUGUGUCCCGACAGCAGCAGGGGUCAAAGGUUACUGUCAGGUAGCAAGUCUCUUACUGGAACGUGGAGCCCAACCCGGACACAGAGACCACGAUGGAAUGACUCCAUUGCUCCUUGCGGCCUAUGAGGGCCAUGAGGACAUCGUAGAGCUCCUGCUGGACACUGGCGCAGACGUUGAUGAGACUGCAGGCCCUGAUGGUGCUGCCCCUGUGGCGGCGGCUGUGACCCCACUGCUGGCAGCUGCAGCAAUGGGACACAUGAAGACGGUGUCUCGGCUCCUUUUUUGGGGUGCAGCUGUGGAUGCCAUCGAUUACGAAGGCAGGACGGCGCUCAGCCUGGCAGCGGCGCAAGGAAACACAGAGGUUGUACGAGCCCUCCUCGACCGAGGCCUUGAUGAAAACCACAAGGACGACCUGGGAUGGACGCCACUACACGCUGCAGCCUGCGAAGGCCAUAGAGCUGUGUGCGCUGUGCUAACUCAGCAAGGCAGCAUGGCGCGAGUCGGCGAGAUGGACAUCGAAGGCCGCACGCCGCUUAUCCUGGCGGCUCAGGAAGGACACCUGAGUGCAGUCAGAUUGUUGCUGGACAGACGCUCGCCCAUUGACCACAGGGCCUACGAUGGACAUUCUGCCUUGAGCGCCACCCUCCUGGAAGGUCACGCUGAGGUGGCUGAGCUGCUAAUGCGACGAGGAGCUGACACUGAUGUCCGUGACGCAGAAGGACGACCUCUGCUGUACCUUCUGGUUUUGGAAGGUCGGCUUGACAUGGCUACUCUGCUCAUAGAGAAAGGGGGGGUGCCCAUGGAAUCCCGAGACUCAGAGGGCCGUACAGCCUUGCACGUGGCCGCCUGGCAGGGAAGUGUGGACAUGGUGGACUUGCUCCUGAAGCACGGGGCCAACCCCAAUGCACAAGAUGCAGAGGGGAGGCCACCGUUGCAUUCUGUGGCCUGGACAGGACGCCUGGAUAUCGGGCGCCAUCUUCUGGCAGCGAGCGGCAUCAACAUAGACCUCGCUUGCCACCAGGGAGCGACAGCUCUGAGUAUCGCAGCCCAGGAAGGACAGACGAAUGUCGUCUCAGUGUUCCUGGAGCGAGGUGCGAACCCCAACCAUGUGGACCAAUAUGGUCGCACUCCCAUGAAAGUGGCAAGGAAGCAUGGACAUGCGCAUGUGGUCUGCCUCUUAGAGCGCUUUGGAGCCAAACCAUGCCCAGGUGUGCUGCCCCGAGCUUGCAUUGUCUCUAAUGCCAAAGCCAACAAGAUAUCCUCCUCAAACAUUUCAGGCCGUAAUGGAGGUGAAGCUGUGAACUCGUCGUCCUCGUCUUCUCUAGGCUCCACUGCAGAACGCUUCCACUCCACCCACAGCUCCCAGACGUCAUCCACCGGAUGCUCCAUGGCCACCACGCAAACGGUCCCGGCCGACAGUCUCAGCUUUAUCCAGCAGAUCCAGCAGCAUUCGCUGCCCCGCAGCCGCAGCCGCCCCUCCACACUCCCCCCACCGGGGGGCUCAGGCGCGGGCAGUAAUCGGAGGCCUCCCAAAAGUAGCCCCCCACCGACCCUCUGCAUUGUGACCGCCAUGGUCCACAAUUGUGAGUGGCCUCCAAAGGACUCAUCAUAUGGACUGGACUAUCAGGACAAAAUGAACCAGCAGAACCUAAGCCGAACGACUGGUGCUAAAACUGUAAAUGGUGCCCCUGCUGGAUUCCCAUCCAAGAUCCAGGGUCCACACCAAAGGGAGGCUUGGGAUCCUCCACCCAAACGCAACAGCCUGUCGCCCGCUCACUUUAGCUUUAGCCCAGUGUCACCCUCUAGUGCCUCGCCAAGGGACGUGGUCUCAAUGAAAACCUCAGACCCCCAGCUGAACCUCAAACAGGCCAUCAAGCUGCAGUUUGAGGGUCCCACCAGCGCAGCUUUGUACAAGAGAGAAACCCCCCUGUGAGCACCCCCAAGACAGGGUCGGACUACCUAAUGCUAAUACAGAAAAUAAACUACAUGACCAGUCAAGAUAUUGUAAUAAUUCAUGUAAAGGCUUUUGGUUGAUUAACAAUAAUGACUUAUUUUAUUAUUAUUUGGGGCAAAAAUGUUUGUUGAGCAGCGCUCACACACCCCCACACACACACACACACACACACACACACAAAGGCCUUACUUUGUCAUCAGGCUAGUUCUGUUUUGUCUUUUUUUGUGUUAUUCUAAUUUAUUUGAAUGGAUUUGAGACUGAGCCAGUAACUCUGAAUAAUGAUGUUAUUAGCUAUCGUAAUCAUAACAACAUGUCAGGGAACACAUAACACUGAUGUUCAUGUUGCCUUUUUGUGUAUUGUAUCAUACUGUUUGUAAUAUUUUCACCACCUUGUUUGACUACGUGACAAACUAUGCACCGCAGCAAAUUAAAAGCCAACACAUGAUUAAAUGAGAUGAUGCAUAUGUACACACUUUGAUACCUUUUGUUGUCAGUGUAGGUCAAUAUAUGCUAAGCUGUCAGGAAAAAACAUAUUAACUUAGUGCUAUAGGUGAUAAAGCAAAUUAGUGUUACAUCUAAUAUAGUAUAUCUCAUUAAUAAUGAUUUCAUUUUUUUUUGUGUACGCCCAGGGCCAAUAAAAAAGUGAGCUAUGUUGCACUUUGGACAUUUGUGUUUUACAGUAAAUAUCUGUGAAGAGGUGCUCAGACGUGUAGUUAGUUGUUGGCUGUGAGCAGGCAACAUUAGUUUAAAAUGCUCCUUCCUGUCCUUGUUUUUGCAUCACUCCUCCACUGUCAAACAGCGCCCACAUCAGGUGGGAAUGUUGUCAUAGAAACAACUCAUUAUCAUUAAAAAUUAAAGCACCAACUCACCAAUGAACAAAGAAAAACAUCGACAUCAGACGGAUAAAAAGACUCCUAAAGGGUGUAAAGAAAAAAACAUGAAAAACAUGUAAGGAACCCUAAAAGAUACAAAGCAAAAAAAGUGUGAAGGAGUAAAACAGAUGGAGUGUUAAUAAUAAACACUGACGGCGCGAAAGUAAGACAUUUCAAGACGUAAGGAAACAUGUAAAGAUUUUAAAAAGAUGCAAAAGGGGAGAAGGAAACAUCUGCUGAGGAAACAUGAAGCAUGCUGGAGAACAAUGAGGAAACAGGAUAGUUGACAGGAAACAGGAAGCAUCAUUCAGCGCGUGUGGGUCACCUAGCAACCAGAACUAAGCAGCAAGAUCACUUUCAUCAGGCACACAUUGAGCCCCGCAACAUAAAGCAAAAAUGAAACUGCCUCCACUUAUCUGAUCUGAACCACGCUAAAAUCACAUCUGAGUCAGGAACAAUUCUAAGCCAGAACCGGAAUUUCAAGAACCAAACCAUAUGCGAACACCUCAACCACAUGUGAACCAGACCAGUAGCACAGCCUAAACACCAUCUGAACCAUUUCUGAAAACGGGCCCAAUUUAAACUCAAACCACAUGCAAACCUGAGUUUAACAAAGAAAAACGUAGCAAAUUGCUUGGAUUUUGAUAGUUUUAAUUCAAGCCACAGCAGGAACACUCAUACAUUUCAAAAAUGGCAUUGGGGUUGUGGUGACUGAUAUUCUACUUUGUAGUUAUUUUUUUUAAUGCAAGUCAUUGAUGAAUAUUUGUAAUCAGCUUCAUGUAUGGCAGGGGUGUCCAAAGUGCCACCUGUUGGCCAUUUUUGUCCCGCAGCUCGAUUUUUUUAUUGGUCCUUGGCAUAUUGUAAAAAUAAAAUGAAUUCAUUAUGCAUAAGCAUAUAUUGAAAUACACUGGAUUAGUUUUAGCAUCUUUAUUGUACAAAACGUAUCAAAGUGGCCACCACAUGCUUUUAAUCUUUCUGUAUGCGACCCUCGAUGGAACAAGUGUGGACACCCCGAUGUACGGUCAAGCUUACCGCCUUAAAAGGCACAGACGCUCAGAAACACACAGGUCUAAACUUGAAAAUGUUAUUUUGGUCAACUUAAAUCAAUAAAAAAAGCAGGUGGGAUUAAAUGUAA